AUGCCACCAUUCCAGUAUCCUCCAUUACUGCCCUUGGAGCUACGGCUUCUGGUACUGCAACCCGGUAUGCCAGAAGAUCCCCUCACUGGGACCCUCGUGCAAAGGAAAUUAUCGCCUGCAGACGGUGUUAUCCCAGAAUACGAGGCUCUAUCUUACUGCUGGGGCGAUCAGUCUCAUCCCCAACCCGUCAAACUCAAGACUAAAUGGCGAAAAGAUAAAGAACAGCCAGAUCAGGACAGCUCCGGCUACCGAAAGUACAUGCUCUCAGUCUUUGGUAUUCAAUCUGGAUAUCUUGAUAUUGGACCGAACCUAGCCUCUGCUUUGCGGGCUCUGAGAUUUCGUCACCAUAAACGAAUAUUGUGGUGCGACUCUAUCUGUAUCAACCAAAAAGACAUCACAGAGCGCUCUGCUCAGGUUCAGCGCAUGGCAGAUUUGUAUCAAUCUGCCAGAAGGGUCAUUGUCUGGCUGGGCUCUGCAGCGCCCUGGAGCUCUACAGCCAUGGAAACUUUGCGUUGGGUGAGAAAACAACUCUCGUCUCCAGCCAUAGCAAUUUCCCAGUAUGAAGGGAUAACUCCCAAAUUCUCCCCAAAGGAGGACGGAAGUCGGCAGGAGAUCGACUGUACAGGGCCUCUCCCGCUUUCCCGAGAUCAGUGGCUUGCUUUUGAGCAGCUGAUAGCCGCAGACUGGUUCCGACGUCUUUGGACAUACCAAGAAAUAGUCUUGGCAAAUCAAGAAACAUCAAUCGUGAAAUUAGGCGUCGAGGAAAUGCAAUGGACCAAGUUCAUUGAAGCGGCCUUGUUCAUAUGUUUCAAUAAAUGGUCGGGAUUGCAACCGUUCUUUGUUGAUCCGCCGAGGCACAACAAAAAUAUCAAGGUCUUUUGUGCCAAGGCCGUGAGUUGUAGCACCAUGCAGGAGCUGGGCAGGGACUCUAUUGGCUGGGUUACUCUAUUGUCGUUGACGAAACUCUAUGACUGCUCUGAUAGUCGGGACAAGCUGUACGCGCUUCGAGGGUUUUUCGAAGCCGAGACUGCCCAAUUAAUACCUGUAGACUACACCAAGUCUGCCAGGCAAAUUGUGGCUUCAGCUUCCGUCGCUCACUUGAAGCAGAGUCGAAAUCUUGAAUUCCUCGAACUCUGCAACUCGACCGUAUCUCCCAGCUGGGCUGCGGACUUAGAAAAGCCCCUGGGCCUCCUACAGCUCUUCAGCAACGCCGGCGCAAGGUCUGCCGCUUCAGCGAGGUUGGUAAAGCCUGGAGUGUUAGAGGUAGCGGGCGUUUCUUGUGAUGAAAUCUGCAACAGUGUAAUGGAUCUGCCCCCGAGAGAAACUUAUGAACUAUUAGAGGACUACAUCACCAAUGUUCUCACGGUGUUUCGAAAUCUCACAGGCAGUGAGGACUUUCAUCGAGACGAUAAAUGCCUCGACGAAUUGAUAACCAUGAUGACGUUUGGUAACCUAUGGGAUCACAGUACAAAAAGAACUGAAUGUGCUCCUUCUUGGACAACCAUCUCUUUGGAAAUUGGACGGCGAAUGAUACGUCAGUGGAUAACGGGCAACGCCAUCUCAGACGAUUACUACAGCAUACCAUAUGGUCAUAGGAGCGCUGCAGCAACCGCUUGUACAAGAACGCGCGGUGGUGCACUCGUGUGCGUCCCUUCAGAAAGCUACGAUGGGGAUAUAAUAGUAACUCUUCUUGGCCUAUCAAGCAACUUAGUCCUCCGCCCACAGUCGGAUGGUGCCUACGCGGUCGUGGGGCCGUGCUAUCAUCAAAGAUAUUCCAACGGCCAAGCCUUACUCGGUGAUGAUUUCCGUGACUGGGAGAAACUAUGGUGUAUCGAAACACACAGUCUUGCGUUUUGGAAAGAGGGUGAGCCUCUGAGUUUCUCAGAUCCACGGCUUGACGGGGUGCCGUUGCCUGUCGGGUAUAGCGAGUACGCAGUUGCACUGGACGGGAAACAUGUUCCUUAUUGGAUACAUAAGUGCGAAUAUGAGGAGUACAUGGAACACGAAAGAAUAUACGAUCCACGAAUGGCAGAGCAUAGGUUGAAGGACAGAGGAGUGCCGAUAGAGAGAUUUCGGUUGAUAUAA